GUUGCACGCAGCGCCGCUGUCUGUGGCUCUUUCUGCGUGUGGUAUACAUGUGUGUGCAGCAGUGUGACCUCCCUGCACCAGGGUGAAUGGAUCAUUAUUCAUAAGGUGUUUUCCCUCUCUUGCUUCCUUCAGUCCGCUGCGAGACGUGCAGGCACCUGCUGCGCAAACUGCCAGACCACCACCACCACCCUGUGGAGGCGCAACGGGAACGGAGACCCGGUGUGUAACGCCUGCGGCCUUUACUUUAAACUGCACAAUGUUAACAGACCCCUGACCAUGAAGAAGGAAGGCAUCCAGACACGCAACCGCAAGAUGUCCAGCAAGUCCAAGAGGAACAAGCGAACAGGGGACGGCUUUGACGAGCUGUCCAAGUGCAUGCACGACAAGGCCUCUCCCUUCGGUGGUGCACCCGGCCUCACCAGCCACAUGACCCACAUGGGUCACCUGCCCCCCUUCAGCCACUCGGGACACAUGCUGCCUACUCCCACGCCUAUUCAUCCUUCAUUCGGUCACCCCCACCACUCCAACCGCUCGCCAGUCUGGGCCGAGCCUCACUGAGGGCCCCACCAGACCCAAAACUCCUCCAGCCUGUAGGAGUCGCCGCGCCGCCAUUAACACUAAAUGGCCUUCACAUCACGCCAAAAGCUGAGCAGACUUGUUGCGUUAUGUACAGUGGUUGGGAGGGGAGGGACUCUCAGUUGGACUUUGUAACUGAAGGUCACGUUAUGCCUGACUUCACUGAUGGGACGCCACAGAAAGCAGGACUUUUGCGGACUCUGUGAAGAGCAAAUGUGACGAGGGGCUUCCCUGGUCCCUGGGUGAUUUGAGGCUUAUAGGAAUGGAGUGAACGGAGAUGCUUUUCAUUCUUUUUGCUUAUUUUUACUGAGUCACUUUGGUACCCACCUCUCCAUGACCCUGUAACAGGAGACUCAAGAGGUCUUUAAAGAUUGUCCCCGCCUCACAACCAUCUCAUUAUAUGCUGAGAUACGUGGACCCUGUCCAUCCCCAUGCUGUCGUCCUCAACUGCCAUGGACUUCAGUGCUGGAGGUCUAAAGACUGGCUCACAGCUACAGCACCCGUACGCUUCUGUUACCAUCCAGGCCCAGAUUACAAUACCCAUAAACCAGUUCUCUCCUCACAUGCUGGAUUGUACACCACCACAACGCUCACCUGUUUUUAAUAAUGGACUUUUAAGGAAAAAAGGCACCGUAAAUAAAGUGUUUAUAAAUGCUUAAUUGCUAUUAUUGUUGUCAUAUUUGAUGUUAUAAUUAUUGCUACGAUAAUUUAUUUUCACUCUUAAAGCUUUCGUCAAAGACACAUGGAAACUGUUAUGAUUUUAAUUUCAUGGUUAUUACGUAAAGAAAAACACUGACCUAUCUUAGAUAAAAAAAGGCCCUGAGCUGUAUGUUUUUAUCAUUUUUCCAUCUCACAAAAGUAAAGUAAAUAAAGUUUAAU